CCGAAUCAACCCAUUCACAAGUAAAUGCGUCGAAAUUGCCACCUCGUUUGAUGCCAUACGCAUUUUGAACAUAGUGUUUGAUGUAGGUGUUCCCUGACAAGCCAGAAAGACGUAGAGCCUCAGAGCUAUUCAAAUCAGCAAUUGCUUCGGUUGAUGGAAUCACUAUCGGUUCUUUGGAUGAUAUUCCCGCUGGCCCUGUUUCUUCCUUCUUCAAAUCUAUACGCAGCACACUCGAUUUUGAUUUUGAUGAUGAAAAUGAAGAUAGGUGGCAGUCUGACAAACCGCCAACACUUUAUGUAUUCAUUUGUUGCAGCACCCGUGAACUUGCUACCAUCGAGACAUAUCUGGUUGGUUGCUAAGAGCCUAAGAGGAGGUGAUUCGGGUGCAUACAUAGUUGCAUCUCGGUUGGCUAUUGCAACUGCACCACCUGCUUACGUGUUUAGCAGUCAUUGGCUAGCAGGUGAGUUGGUAUUUCCUUAUAUUGAUCAGUUUAAGCUAUGCUUUAUUAUAAGAUUCUCUUACGGGUUGAUUUAAACAAUUUGGACAAUUUGGAAGAAUACACUAUCAAGAUUGGUUUCACACGACAUAUGGAAGCAUUUAGAGCUGCAUUUAAUCAUGUCAUUUUUUAUUCUUAUUUGAUGCGCUUUUUUAUUUAUAGAAACCAACAAAUAGGGAUGAGUUCGGUACCAACCGGUACCGAAAAUCUCAAAAAAGGGUACCGAUACGGUUCAGUACCGGUAUGGACCGGUAUCUGAGGGUAAAAUUCGGUAAAUACUGAUACCGAAAUGGAAGAGAGAAAAGACACCCGCUAUAAGUUUAUGAAAGUUAGAGAGGCAUGUGG